AUGAAGUGGGUGAUGGUUGUUGGACUCAAUCCCGGAGGUCCGCCUGAAAGCGUGGGUUCGGGAACGCAGUACUUCGUUGGAGAGUUCAAUGGCACCGCUUUCAUCCCGGAUGCCGACAGUGUGUAUCCUGUUAACAGCACUGCGAACUGGAUGGAUUGGGGUCCGGAUUUCUAUGCAGCUGCAAGUUAUAACGGUCUCCCGAAUAUCGAGCACGUCUCGAUUGGGUGGAUGAACAAUUGGCAGUACGGAGGGAACAUUCCGACUUACCCCUGGCGUAGCGCGAUGGCUACUCCGCGGCAUCUUUCAUUGCGGACAAUUGGGGGCGAUGUCAUCCUUUUUCAGCAGCCAAGGGAGAACUGGGCGUCCAUCGAAAGCCAAAAGAAGUAUUCCCGAACUUGGAAAAGCCUUGCUGAAGGGACAAAGGAUCUCGGUUCGCAAGGGAAGAUAUUGGAUAUCGAAUUGAGCUUUGAUGGCCGCCAGAAAUCUUCGGGGGCAUCUGAGUUCGGGAUUGUCGUUCAGGCUACCCCUGACAAGAGCCAAGGAACACGAGUUGGGUACGAUUUCAAGACUCGAAAGGUCUUUCUAGACCGUACGCAGUCGGGGAUGUUUCGUUUGACGAGACCUUUGCGCGUGUUUACCAUGCACCGUUGGAACCCGAUAUCGAUGGCGUAG